UUUGGCCUACCGUACACCACACAUCCUCUUUUCUACCUUUCCUCCUCGUUUGGGACUUUCAGAAAGGAGUGGGAAUUUCAAUCGAAAGUCAUAACUCUCACAUCAUGCUCCAGGAAAUUGGAGGUCCGGUCCCGCCGAACACUGACCAUGCAGUCAGUGUAUCGCUUCCAACAUGGAAGGCCACCGUUGCGUACGAAGAAGGUGAGCCGUGGAUUGUACGGAAAAUGCAGUGCGGCUACCCUCGGUUCUUUGUGCACCCUACUAUUCAAGAGCUUGCUCUAGAAGUUGUGCAGCGCCACGGAAACCCCGAGACGGAGACUGCGACGUUGUUUCCCUCUCCGAAGACUGCUGAGAUCUGUCAUUCGUUCAUUUCGACAAAACUACCUGCCGAGGAAUCGCGCAAAGUCCGCAUCCUGAACUUUGUCCCAUCUACGACGCACACAGAGGCUCAAUCUUCCGCCGUGACAUCACUUCUGUCAUGUGUGGUGUAUCCAAAGGAAUAUGCGUCGAUUGCCAAACAAGUAUGGCAGCAUAGCGGGAAUGGUGUUUCAAGUCGCAGGGGCGAGUUCUGCCUCAGUGCCUUAAGGGACGGUUUCCUUAUUAAGAAAGAACACGCCGUGGCAGACGAAACAUCUCAAAAAUUCUCCAAAGGUCCACGAAGAUACCGAGGGAAGGAUUCCAUAAGCGGAAUGUCUCGAGGGACUGGAGUACACGCAACUUCGGACCAUUCUCCCGAAAAAUCCGGGAACCAAGACGGGCGAGAGUAUCUGCAGUUCAUUGAAGAACGCUUUGGUCGCAAUCUAAGCACCUCGCUCGCCGACCAGGCCAAAUUGGCGGUGCGCAGACGCAUAGCAGGUGUUUUGACUGCUGAUUUAGACUUGAAUGCAGCUCUAGAAGAAGCAUCGGGGGAAGGAAGAAUACCGGGAUUGACAGAGUCUGACGUGUUUCUUUUCCCCACGGGCAUGAGCUCAAUUUUCAAUUGCCAUCAGAUGUUGAUGGCUGCAAGAGGUGGCAUGACUAGCAUUUGCUUUGGCUUUCCUUAUAUCGACACGCUAAAAAUUCUUCAGAAAUGGGGUCCUGGCUGUCUAUUUUAUGGACAUGGCGCGUCUGAGGACCUGGAUGAUCUGGAGUCGCGGCUUGUCAAUGGCGAAAGGUUUCUUGCACUCUUCACCGAGGUUCCUGGAAAUCCAUUACUCAAGACUCCUGACCUCCAACGUAUCCGUUCUCUCGCAGACAGAUAUGAUUUUGCAGUGGUGAUUGAUGAAACAGUGGGCAGUUUUCUCAACAUUAACGUACUCCCCUAUGCAGAUAUUGUGGUCAGUAGCUUGACAAAAAUAUUUAGCGGGGAUAGUAAUGUUAUGGGAGGAAGUGCCGUUCUCAACCCUCAUGGACAAUACUACCAGACUCUUAAGGAAACAUUCCUUGCUGAGUACGAAGAUAACUACUGGGCAGAGGAUGCCGUUUUCCUGGAGAGGAAUAGUCGUGAUUUUGUGUCAAGAAUCGAGAAGAUAAACCACACAACCGAAGAAGUUACAGCAAUGUUGAAGAAUUCGACAGUCGUGAAAAAUGUCUACUAUCCUAAGUGGAACCCUUCGAGGCCUUUGUAUGAAGCCGUACGGAAUCCAGAUGGAGGUUAUGGCGGUCUUUUCUCAAUUACCUUCCAUUCUGCCGCCGCUGCAGUUGCGUUCUUUGACCAUCUUGAAGUGCAUAAAGGACCCAGCCUGGGAACCAACUUCACCUUGAGUUGUCCUUACACCCUAUUGGCUCACUUUAGUGAAUUGGAGUGGGCAAAAUCUUUCGGUAUCGAUCCUAACUUAGUGCGAGUAAGUGUCGGACUUGAGGAGCUGCCGGAACUCCAGUCUCGGAUUCAAGCAGCUCUGGACGCAGCUACGAGUGUGUAAAUCACAUUCCAAUAAUUUUUUUUAUUAAACUUUGCCCUCUUGCAUAGCCGCUGUCGCCGUUAUAAAUCAAGUGACAGAUCUGAUCUUUAAAUUGGCCCGCACUAAAACGCUAGAUUUCAAUUUGUACAUAGUCCUGCUCUAGACAUUUAGAUGGCAACAUGAG